AUGGACGACUAUCUGGAUAGCGCCAUGGACUCAGAUGAUGUCUUUCCCUGCAAGGGAUGCGGCGAGAUUCUAGAGGAAGGGAAGGCCUUUGAACUGGCCGGCAACCGAUGGCAUCUCGACUGCUUCCGCUGCAACACCUGCAACACCCUUCUCGACUCGGACGCGAACCUCCUGCUUCUCGGCGAUGGCUCGCUCAUCUGCAACAACUGCACGUAUAGUUGUAGCGCCUGCGGCAAUAAAAUUGAGGAUCUCGCGAUCUUGACCGGUGACCAGGCCUUCUGCGCAACCUGCUUCCGCUGUAGGAACUGUAAAAGGAAGAUUGAGAAUCUGCGCUAUGCGAGGACGUCACACGGGAUUUUCUGCAUGAACUGCCACGAGUCACUGAUGGCUAGGCGCCGGAAGAAAUCGAAAGCAGCCGCGCAGGCAAAGCAACGAGAAAAGGAUACCUCGCCCAUGAUCACCGACAAGUCGUUGCCCGCCUUACCGCCGAACGCCGUCCCACCAAACACCUUGAGUGACCGGGUCACUCCCGACUCUGACACCCCAACAGAGCUGUCUCCUCGCCCUCGCGCAGCCUACGGAAGCAACGAACCAACUUCCCGCAGCGCAUCGAGAGCUGAUCGCUCCCCCGAACGGCCGAGCGAAUCGGGCAGGGAUUCGUCUCUUGCACCGUCCGCACCGGCAUCCUACAGACACAACCGCAGUUCUGCUGUCUUCUCUACUAGCAUUGACGGUGGUGAGGGAGACGGGAGCUUCUUCAUCCCCGUGGCCCUCGACCCGAGCCCCGGGCCAGCCUUGACCCCCCAGUCCAUGUCCGAAGCCUAUAACGAUUCGAGCAGGAGGAACAAGGAGCGGGAUUAUUUCGCGUCGUCGAAACCAUCUGGAGAGAAACGGCCCGACUCUCAGGCGUCCACACCUCACAUUGCAUUCCAGGAAAAGCCGAGGCAGCCAUCUUCAGACUACGAACCGCCCCAACAGGACCGGCCCACUCGCAAACUUUCUAAGAGAAAUGGGAACCCAAAAGCGUCGCCUAAUGCUGCGAGUGAGAAAGUCUCGACCUCUAAGAUAACACAAGCAAGCGAAGAUUUUAGGCUUCAAGAGGCGCCGAAAAACAAGCGAGCGGGUGGUUCCAGGAGCAACUCGCUGACAAGUAACUCAGUGGAUGCAACCACCCCUGUCAAAGCGCCGUCCGCUCCCCCGCGCAACCGGGAGGUUCUCACCAAUACCACUAACGUUGAUUCUCCACGCCCAUCUGGGACGGCCGACAAAGCGUCGCCGCUGAGACCAGCACAAGAUCCCCGGCGGAGGGACGACGAUACCACCCACGCCUCGCUCGAGCCAGUAAUAUCGAAUAGGUCAGAUGUACCAAGCCCGGGCCCUCCUCCUCCUCCUCCGCAGUCCAUUUCUAGGAAGGAGCUGCCUCGGCACCAGCUACGGAAUGGCGGGAAACAGCCCGCUCUACCCCCACGACCAUCGGUGCCCGAGACGAAAUUAAGCGACACGUACAUGCAGCCCAGAGUGCCACCUCAGCCUCCGAAUCAGGCUCCGAGUGAACCGACACCGUCUAACAACGAGUCCCUCGAACCAAAAGUAUCGCCGAAGCUACCGCGAUGGAGCGCCGGCGGGGAAUUCACCUUGGACGAAGACAUGGCGAGGAUCUUGGGGACUGACGAGGGAUCGUCCUCAAUUCUGCGGCGUGUCUCAAACGCGGUCCGACAUGGGAGGACCAACAGCGCCGAGACUGUGAACAACAGCAGCAGCAGUCAAAAUAGGCUAGGUCACAGUCGGAGUGUGAGCGAGACUACAAGGGGCACCACAUCGCCUCGCUGGCCGCGGACACCCAUUGCGGAGGAUCCGGAGGGACAGCACGAUCUCGGUAGCCCCCUGUCGGUCUCUGCGGCCGCGCAGGAGGACCCCGAGUUCCUGAAGCGGCAGCUGAGGACGUCAGAACAGCGAGUGGCAGAGCUCGAACGGCAGUUCAACACGGAGAAGGAUUUGAAGAGCUUGAAUAAGAAGUUGGUUGAGAAGAGGAAGACGGUAUCGGUACUCGACACACAGACUGAGAUUAUGAUCCGGCAGAUCGAAGUACUGGCCGGCUACGUAGAGCGGGCGAAGAAGACGAAUGAGCCGAUCGAUGCCCGCGACCUGGAGGAAUCCGCCAUCAAGGAGUUUGUCCAGAAGCUGGAAAAGGUCAAACAGAACAUGACGGUCAUUAUCGAGCAGCUACACGCCGAACGGGACGAGCUGGUGGAGGAAAAGGAUCAGGCCGUGGCCGACCGCGACCGGGCGUUGCUCGAGUUUGAGCAACUCUCAUCCAAGAACGCUCAGUUGGCAGACAUGAACAAUGAUUUGACACACCAGAUCCAGGAGCGGUUCAAAUCACAAAUCAACAAUGGCGAGUUGCGGAUGCCGCCGAAUGGACUUGGGAUCUACGGCCACAGCAAGGGUGUCUCCUCGGCCUCGGUCAAUUUGGAUGCUGCCAGCUUGCAAACGGGCACCACUUUGAUAGGCCCCGAUGCGGAGGACACUGUGCUUGAGGGGCCCACCGUGGUUAAUAUCCGCAAGGGCCAGGUCAAGAAGUUCAAUUGGAAGAAGGGGUCCAGCAAGGUGGCGCACAACAUUUCCAAGGGUAUCAACCGCGCUGCGGGCGCUUUCCAGCAACAGGAGCAGGCCCGCGCGCAGCAGCAGCAUCAUCAUCAACAGCAGCAGCUCCAGGGCAUGCCGGGCGACGGGAUAGGGCUCCCCUAUAACAUGACGGUAGCGCAGGUCGACUCCCCGGUCACCGUGGGGCCUCAGGUGGGUCCCGGAGGUGUGAACCGAGUCGGGACCGAGAACACACGCCAAGGGUUUGGCUUCUUCAGCAAGAAGCAGGCCGCCAACACCAUGCCGAGAUCAGCGACCACAGCGAACCUAACCUCGUCCUCCUCUAGCACGCCGGCGCCAGCCGAGGCGCCCAGCACGCUGUUUGGCUCCGAGCUGGUCGAACGCGCCGACUAUGAGCGCCGCCAAAUUCCGAGUGUGGUGACGCGAUGCAUCGAGGAGGUGGAGCUGCGGGGCAUGGACGUCGAAGGGAUCUACCGCAAGACGGGCGGGAACUCGUUGGUUAACUCGAUUCGCGAGGGGUUUGACAAGACCGAGGACUAUGACAUCUCGGACCCUUCUCUGGAUAUUACGGCGGUCACCAGCGUCUUGAAGCAGUAUUUCCGGAAACUGCCGACGCCGUUGCUGACUUUCGAAGUGUAUGACCGCAUUCUGGAGUCCAAUGCGAUACAACCCGAAACAGAGCGCUGCGUACACCUGCGCAAGACAGUCAAUAUGCUCCCGCCCAAACAUCGCGACUGUCUCGAGUUCCUCAUGUUCCAUCUCGCCCGGGUGGCGAGCCGCGAGCCCGAGAACCUGAUGUCUCCCAAGAACUUGGCCGUCGUCUUUGCACCGACCAUCAUGAGGGAUCAUAGCUUAGAGAAGGAGAUGACGGAUAUGCAUGCCAAGAAUCUAGCGGUGCAGUUCUUGAUUGAGAACAGCCCGGUUAUUUUUAGCGAGGCAUAG